AAAAAUAACUUUAUAGAUUUUUUUUUACUCUUCCUCCAAUUUCAUGUAUUUUAUAACAAAAUGAAUAAAUGUUACCUACACCCAAAAAUGGACCGCCUUAUAUUUGAGUUUUCGGUUCAAUUUUGUGACAGCAGCAACCGCAACCACCAAGGAAGAGAAGAAGAGAGAGAAAGAUGAGCGAAAUGAACGGCAGAGGAAUACUAAAGAAACCCAAGAGAGAGAUUGAUUCAGAUGCUGAAGAUGAUAACAGAAAUUUAACCAUUAAUAACUAUAGUAUUACCAAAGAUAAUAAUGAAGUUGUUAAUGAUGAUGAUGUUGAUGACGAUGAUGAUGGAAGUGCUAGUACUAGCAGAUAUGAUGAACAAGAAGAAGCCCUUGUUGCUCUUAUUGAACAUCGUACCAAAGAAGUUGAACAUCUUAAUACUCGCAUCGCUUAUUACCGAACUCAGCUUAAACAAGCACAACAGAGAUUAGAUGAUUCACAAAAUAAGUUGGUUCAUGUUCGGCGCAAAAUAAGUGACAUUAAGUGGAAUAUUCCGCUUGGUCUUAAAAAGGAGCAUAGAUCUAAUCCAGUGAAUGGAGGUUCCUCCCAGCGUCAGUUGCAAUCCAAACCACAACUUUUGAUUCCAGGUGCUAACCAAAAAUCUUCCCGGCCAAUGACUGUGGCUGAAACUGGUCCAAAAGCUUCACCCAGUCGUCAUGAUAGUCCUGUGAAGGCAAGAGGAGAUAGAUCUCAUGGUCCAAAAGCAUCACCCAGUCGCCAUGAUAGUCCUGUGAAGGCAAGAGGAGAUAAAUCUCAUGGUCCAAAAGCUUCACCCAGUCGUCAUGAUAGUCCUGUGAAGGCAAGAGGAGAUAGAUCUCAUGGAACUCCUAGAUCAGAAGAUGCAAAGUCCCAGGUUGUAGGGGCAAAGAGGAAGCUUGAAUGCAAAGAACAUAUUGAAUUAACAUCCAAAGUACGCAGCUCUUCUUCGCCAACUAUGAUUCAGAGCUAUGCAAGUACUCAUAUCUCAAGUCAGCAUAAAAGGAAGCUCAGAAGUCUGACUAUAUGUCCUGUGAUUGAUAAGCUCUUCAUUACCAGUGCACUUGAUGGAAUGGUGAAUUUAUGGCAGAUCCAGGCUAAAGGAUCAGGUGCAACUCUUUUGAGCUCCACAGAAUGUCUAUCUCCAAAACAGAGGAGAUGGCCUGAAGAUAUAGCUUGGCAUCCGGAAGGGAAUAGGCUAGUUGCUGUAUAUAGUGCUGAUGGUGGGGAUAACCAGAUAUCAGUGCUGAAUUUAAACAAAAGCCAGAGAGCUCGUGUAUCUUUCCUGGAGGAGAAGCCGCACAUCAAGGGUAUCAUCAAUAGUGUUGCAUUCAUGCCUUGGGAUGAUACUUGUUUUAUGACAGGUGGUAGUGAUCAUGCUGUCAUAUCUUGGAAUGAGAAAGAUGGUGGUGAUGUAUGGAAACCAAAGACAUUGCAUAGGAAUCUGCAUUCAUCUGCAGUCAUGGGAGUUGCUGGGAUGCGCCACAAGCAAAUGGUAGUGUCUGCUGGUGCAGAUAAGAGAAUAAUUGGAUAUGAUGUGCUUGCUGGAAGGGCGGAUUACAAACAUCAAAUAGAUAGCAAAUGCAUGAGUGUGCUUCCUAAUCCAUGUGACUACCACCUUUUCAUGGUUCAGACAGGGACCCCAGAAAGGCAACUUCGACUGUUUGAUAUUAGGCUGAGGAACUCAGAACUUCAUGCAUUUGGGUGGAAGCAAGAAAGCAGUGAGUCUCAGUCAGCUUUAAUUAAUCAGGCAUGGUCUCCUGAUGGUCUGUACCUCACUUCGGGUUCAGCAGACCCAAUGAUCCACGUAUUUGAUAUCAGAUACAACUCUCACAAGCCUUCUCAAUCUGUGAAAGCCCAUCAUAAACGGGUUUUUAAGGCUGAUUGGCACCCCACGAUGCCACUUCUUGUCUCUAUAUCCUCUGACUUGAACAUUGGACUUCACAAGAUUUGAUGAAAGUCAAGGCGUGUUUUUCUUCUGCUCCAAAUUUUUUGAUCUUCUUAUUUCCCCCUAUGUUUUGUCUUGAGGGACACCUCACUUCUUUUGGAUUACAGAAAGGAAUUGUAUGCUAUUGUUUUAGGAAGUAGGACAAUGCUUAGGGAUGCUGCACUAAUGCUACAGUGCUGCAGAUUUCCUGGGGUGGUUGAUAGACAGAUCUGCCUUUGUUAUAUAAACAUGAUUUUUGACCUAUAAGAUUAGAUUAGCAGUCCAACUGUUUUCCGAUUUUCUUUA